AUUAAAAAAAAAAAUCCGCCGUUAAAAAAAAAAAAAAAUAUGGGAAAAUAGGUCAGCAAACAACAGAGCGCCGACAGUCCCGUCACAAACAGCUGCUUCGUCGUCUGCCCGAUAUCUGAACUUUCGCACAGACACGCUGCUGUCGUACAAUAAACCCGCUCCGAGGAAGAGAUGUCCAGCAUCUGCAAACGAGAGCCGUAGCGGUUAGACCGGUCCGCCUGUCUGUCUGUCUGUCUCUCGGCUGGGUUUUGGGAGACCCGCGAGCGCAAAUAGCGUUGACGCCGCUGCCACCCUGGCCGGGCUGGGUCUGAAUGCUUAGCCGGGGGAAGGAGCUACACGGACAGACACCACCGCAGACAACCUGGAGGCUGUUCUGACGACACUCAGGAAAUCAAGCCACGCUUCGUUUCCACAGCCCUGGUAGCAACACAGUGCACAUUUCUGUAGUUGUAGCAAGUUUACCGCCAGAAGUGGUAAUGACUGGCCCGGCUAACACCGGCUAGUUGGCCCGAAUUAUCUACAUCCCGGGUGGUGCAUAGCUAAUAUAGAGCUCCUUGUAUGUAAGGAAAAUGACUGUUUUGGUGUUAUUUCGAUAAUUAAGAAUUUGCUAGCUCACCUAUUAUCAAGCCGCUAACCCAGUUCAGGUUAAAUCACGAUGGCAGAGCGGCGCAGCGUCGUGAACACAGUUGUUACCGCCGAAUAACGAACUGACAGAGAUUUGACCAGCACCAGGACAUGAGAGGUUGACCCAAAAGCAUAAAACAUCUGUGCGACAGAAUAAUUUAAAAAAGCCCAGGACCCUGGCAUGUGAGGUCAGCUACCUACAAUAUGUGAACCUCAACGGUCGAGCCACAGAUCAUCUUUACCUCAAACAGAAGCGAACAGUUUGGUCCAGCUUGGUUUGACUAUGUCAAGUCGCCGGAAAUCCACCACGCCAUGCAUGGUGCUGCCUUCUGAUGUGGUGGAGCAGGAGAUUGUUGAGGAGAAAACAGAGAGGACAAAAGACGAAGAGACAGAGGAGGAGAAGUAUGAGGGGAAGGUGAAGGAGGGAACAGAGGAGGGGCAGACUGUGGAGGAGCUCGGUCACGCUGCAGUGGCUGUCUCUGCUCCACCUGAUGCAGAUGAGGCCAGUGUCUCUGAUGUUGAGGAAAACACCGCUGUCAGCUCCUCUCUGAAAUCCAGAGCUCCAGAUCCUCCUGAGGACCUGAGCGCCAAUCAGCCGGUCCAGGACCAGCAGAAGGAUUCCCCGGCGGAGUGCGGAGCAGACCCGGGGGCUGUGUCCGGCAUCUCUCUGAGCAAGACUCCAAUCAUGAGGAUGAAGACCAAAUCCGAACCCAAGAAAAUAGCCGUGUCCCUGAAAUCAGCAGACGAGGCGGCAGAGGGUUUGGCAGGAGGAGGUGAGGGUGAGUUGAGUGGAGAGCAGGAGCCCAUUGAAGCCCCACUGGGACCAAUGACCCCCGUGGAGAUGUUGCUGCACGACCCGAUGAAAUUUGGGGGAGGCGGCUUCUUGGUCAGUUCGCCAGCGGAGCAGCAGAGGAAAUCAUCAAUUUUAAACCCAACUCUUCUGCCUGCUAGUCUAGCACAGGUGCUUUCUGCCUUCCAGGCCCAGCAGAGUGCAGCAGCUCAGCCGCAGCUGCUGAUUCCCCUCAGCAGUAUCCCCUCCUACAGUGCCGCUAUGGACACCAACCCCCUGCUGUGCAGCACUUACAAGAAGUUUCCUUACCCGUCCAUGGCAGAAAUCAGCUGCCUCUCAGCACAGACACAGUUCACAGAAGAGCAGAUCAAGGUUUGGUUCUCUGCCCAACGACUGAAACAUGGUGUCAGCUGGACUCCCGAAGAAGUGGAAGAGGCCAGAAGGAAACAAUUUAAUGGGACCGUGCAUACAGUGCCUCAGACCAUCACUGUUAUACCUGCGCACCAGCUCUCAGCAGCUGCUAAUGGGCUGCAGUCCAUCCUGCAGACCUGCCAGAUAGUGGGCCAGCCCGGCCUCGUGUUCACACAGGUCGGUCCAGGGGGGAAUCUUCCAGUGACCAGUCCAAUCACCCUGACUGUGGCAGGGUUGCCCAGUCAGUCACAGAGCUCCAGCAGAGUUUCCUCUCAACCCACUCCAACAAACAGUGAGCUGAAACGGGCUACUACAGUCCAGCCUCCCUCUCUGUCUCCACAGGAGAACUCGGCCCUCAGCGCUGACACCUUCAGCAUGCGUCCCAAGAAAUCCAAAGAGCAGCUGGCAGAGCUGAAAGCUAGCUACCUGAAAAAUCACUUUGUGACUGACGCGGAGAUUGCCCGCUUGAUGAAGCUCACCAAUCUGACAAAGGGUGAGAUCAAAAAGUGGUUCAGUGACACGCGCUACAACCAGCGCAACUCCAAGAGCAGCCACGUCAUCGUUUUCCCCGACGGAGGAGGCCGGGGCGGGAGCGGCCCCGCCAUCGCCGCCAGCGCCCCCAUCCUCAUUGAUUCCAGCGAUGAGACCCCCGCAUCCCCCCAUCCGCCACGCACUCCUCCUGUGAGGGAGAGGGAGUCUCGACCCAAAACGUGGAACCCUUUCCCAGACUUCACCCUGCAGAAGUUUAAGGAGAAGACGCCAGAGCAGCUGGUGGUGCUGGAGGAGAGUUUCGAGAAGAGCGGCACUCCAUCUGACGAAGAGUUAACCCGCCUGAGGACAGAGACCAAACUGACGCGCAGGGAGAUCGACGCCUGGUUCACGGAGAGACGAAAAGUGCCGGCUGUCAGCACGUCCUCCCCAGAGUCCUCAGAGGGAGGGAAAAUGGAAACGGACAGUGCAAAGGGAGGAGAGGAAGGAGAAACAGAAGGGGCAAGCUCCUCUCCUCUACCAACCUCCUCGUCUCGGAGAGGUAGUCAAACUCCUCCUGGUAGUCGCAGUAAGCAGCCGCCCAGUGGCAGCGGGAGAGACGUGAAAGAUAAAACUAAAAAGUCUCCGGAGCAGCUCCACAUUCUGAAAAGUGCCUUUGUGCGGAGCCAGUGGCCCACACCGGAGGAGUACGACCAGCUGGCCGAGGAGAGCAGCCUCCCUCGCCACUACAUCGUCAGCUGGUUCGGGGACUCGCGCUACUCCUGGAAAAACGGAAACCUGAAGUGGUUCUUUCAGUACCAAAGCGGCAACAUCGAGGGACCAAACAGCGGCGGGGGCGGUAAAACGGGAGGCGGCGGCGGAGGCCGAAAACGACGCGGCCGCAAUCGCGGCUGGGGACGCUCCCGAACCAGGAAGCAGCCAAAGAGAUCCGCCUCCUCCAGCACAGAGCUGAGCAAGUCGGCCCCGUCAAAGAAAUUCAGGACUGCGAGAGAAGUCCUGAAGGAGUACUACCUGAAGCACCACUUCCUCAAUGAGCAAGACCUGGAUGAGCUAGUCACCAAGACCAACAUGAGCUAUGAGCAGGUGCGGGAGUGGUUUGCAGAGGUCCAGCGGCGCUUGGACCUGGGCUUAGACCCCUUCCUGGAGCCCACCGUGGGGAGAACAGAUGGAGACAGGGCUGUGCGGGAGCAUGUUGGGACGCAGGGAGAGGCGUCAGCAGCCACAGGGCCGGCCGGCCCAGGGAUGGCCGGCGAAGUGGACGACGAGGAAGACGAGGAGGACGACGGCGAGGACACGGACGACAGUGAGGUUUGGGAGCCAUCACGCAGUGUCAGGAAAUCUUUGUCCCUUUCUGAAGACUAGCAAGGAAACGCGGCCCAGUGUUACAAGAGAAAUACGGCGUGCAUAAUAAUGAUUGUCACUGUUUUUUCAGAAAUUUUCACGAGACCAAUGGAUGGGAUUUAUCUCAUGCCAUGAAUCCUUUUUAAGAUUUCGAUAUGAACCAGACAUUAAGUCAUGCUUAAAAAGCUGCUACUGAGCAACUUGUUUAAAUAGUUUUUGUGAAGCCUUCAAGCUCAGCUGAUAACGAAAACCUGAGGUGAAGCAGUUACCCCGAGAAAAAAACAGACGAAAAUUGUCAUGAAUGGCAGAUUUUGAUGGGGUUUUCAUUUUAAAGUGAAAGUUAAAGUCGAUUCACAGCGUCCCGCUGUUGGGAGCAGACGAGUUCAAUAUGCAACCAUAUGAACCUUUCACCAUCAAUUGUGAACGGAUAUAUUAUGAUAGUAUAUAAGUCUUAAUAGAAACUUGCUGCAAAAUAUCUCACAGCUCACAGUGUUGUACGUCUGACUGUGGAGUUGAUUUUAUAUGCUCAUUUCAGCAGCAGGUUGUCUGAAUCAAAGUCGCUUUAUGACCUUAUCAAUCAGAAAAGAAGCAAACGUGAACCUUAAGGUUGGGGAAAUUCAGGAUGUCUUCCCUUUGUGCAGGUUCUCAUUUAUAUCACAGAUUUUUAACGGAACACCUGAAAGGUGCCACAGAAUCUGUUAUAUGCACUGCUAUUAAGCUUUUCAAUCUCAUUGUUCACCUUUUUCGAUAGAGAGCAUCUCGAGGCGUUCCCGACCUUUCGAUUCGGACUGUGUAAAUCUGCUGUGCCAAAGCUGAAUGUGUUGCCUCCCCCCUGCUGUUGCAAACUCAAUCACGCCCACUGUGAAUCGGACCCAUGUUUGCACAGAGAUGCAAAACUGGAACUUUUGUUGCAGUGUUUUACUGCCGAUGCAUUGUAAACUCCACAACUGACUGCACUCAACCCCAAAUCACCGAUAAGAGGCCUGCAAAUCACGGUCCCCGACCAAUGUUGAAAGAGACUGUUUAACAGUAUUUCAAGUAAUAAUUUGAAUCCAUUCUGCACUGAAAAGAAAAAUCUGAAGCACCUAAACUGAACUUUUUUUUUAAAUGCACUUUUUCUGCUUGAGUUCAUAGUGGACUAAAUCUUGAUUAGGCACCUUACUCUCAUACCAUGAAAUGGCUCUGAGAGGCUAAACCCUUUUUGUACGACUACAAACAGAACCAGUAUUUUGCCUUUUUUUUUAUUGUUGGUGUGUUUUUGCUAAGAGGAAUAUUACCAGUGUGUGCUUUUUUAAAAGAUAUUAUACAGUAGGCUCUGUAGAGUUGGAUGUUUAUAAGGCUCAAUGAAUAGACAAACCAUCUUUGCAGUUUCCCUUCACCAAAUUGCAUGCGUGCGUCGUUUGUAUGGCUUUAAAUUGUGGAAACUGUCUGCUGUUGUUUGCUCCUCCUCCCACACACCCCGACACUUCCUCCACGCUCCCGUUUUGUUGAAAUGAAUAACGUGGAGAUAAAAAACCAUGGGGACAUCGUCUAAAGACAGAAAACUUUUAACCUAAAACUGCAAUAGUUGUGAGUAAAGGCAGAGUGCGGCCUUCUCCUUUAUUGUAGGAUGUCUUAUCUUUUUUGUUCCAUUUCUCUUUUUUCUGGAUUAAGAUGACUGAGCCCAGAUUCACUACUGAUCUCCACCGAUCGGGGAGAGAUUAAAACAAAGCUUUUCUGGAAAACCUACGUGCCUAAAUGGCCUGUACUCUCCUUUGAACAGUUCACAAACGCCUGACGAUGGAAGUCGAAAGUCCACCUGCGGAAGACUUUUGGACCUUUAUGAUUGGCAGACCGUGUGUUUCUGAACCAAGUUGUAUUUUCUCACCAGGCAUUAGUGCCAGCAGGUUGUGGCUCCCUUUGCCACACCAAUGCCGUUUUUCCUUUCAGUGCGCGUCUCCGUCGACUGCAAAACCAGCUUGUGUUUUUAGGAGCCGAGGAUGGAGCUGAAAGCCUUGAGCAUUUAGUCACAAAAUGACCGGCGCCUUUCCAUGGAAAGAACAACUCCAAAAUGUAAAAACCUAGUUUUUGUCAUUAACUGCAUGCAAUAACCAAGACGAUCAAAAGCUCAUUUUGUACAUACUGUGUGUUAGAUUUGUACCAUGGGGACAGUGUCUAAUCUGGGUGGCGAUAGCCUGUGUAGGUUUUAUAAGAGCAGUUACUUUUUAUUUUCAGAUUCAGUGAGGUCAAAGCACAAUAGGGCAAAAUAGGAGAACAUUUAUGUCUCCUGAGGUACUAUCUCAACUUAUGUGGCCCGUAUGACAAAUAACCUGACCCCAGGGCACGUAUCUGUACUUCCCGAAGUUUGUGAUGGUACACAAAUGUUCCCAAGUUGUAAAUGGACAACCAAAAGGAUCCAUAAAGGUACAAUUAGGUGCUUCAUUGUCUGAGAAUCCACCUACCUUCAUGUUCAUGUCCAUAACUCAGAUGCUAAUAAGAUGACCCCUUUGCUUCAAGCUAUCACACAAAUUUGAUCCUUGACCUGACAGCGUGGUUUAGCCCAUGGGUUAAGCCUUCGGUCUUAUUUAUCGGGCGACCGGUUUGUUACUGUUUUCUUUCUUUCAUUUAAGUUCUGUUCCAAUUUAGAUGCUUGUAUUAAAAAGACUGUUUGUCCCACCAACUGUGUCCAGACAUCAGAACAUUUGAUAGAAUGGUGCUUUAAAAUACAAUGACUUCUAAAGUUCCGUCUGUGUCGCCCGAGUGGCUUUUUGGUACUUCGGUUGAUUAAACAAAAAACAAAAACAAAAAAAAAGUUGACUCAGAACACUGUAGAAAAGACAUACACUGAAUCGGAAGAAUGUUUGUAAGGAGUCUGGGAAGGUAUUUUUAUCCAAAUUUCCCCCCUGCACCUAAAGGCAUGCGCGAGGGAGCAUCAUGGGUCACAGAAACAUUUGCCAUGAAUACAGAGCACAGUAUUUGUGGCUGUGGAGCAACGAAAAAACAAACAAAAUAACAAACGAAAAAGAGAUUAACAGCAUUCCCUGCUCAAUUUGUGGCCCUAUUUUUUCACACAGCACUGCUUAUUGGAGCAAAUAGAAUCCAACUGGGUGUGUGGUAAGGCAUUCACAAGUUUCCCAGCGUCCGUUCACGUGGCAUGUCUUUUUACUGAGUUGUGAGUCUGUUUCCAGUCCUCAUGGUGGAUCCCUGUGCAGUAGAGCUACGAGCAAACGUUGUGAUCCGAGUGCUAUACCCUUCGUCCUGCUGUGCCCAUGUGUGACGUCUGUAACCUUUUUGCUGUACCUAUGCUGUGGUCCUCACUCCUUUUCUGUAUGUACACACUAGUUGUUUCAAUGUUCCGUGCAACAAUCAGAGAUUUCGAUUUUUUUU